AUGCAUCUUCAGCUGUGGUCGCUCUUUGCCAGUGCUGCCUUGGCAGUCCCGAUCAUCGACCGUGAGCAACAAGCUCUUGGACCUGCUGGUGGCAAUGGGCCCUACAACCCAGACAACAGAGAUCCCUACGACCACAAGGUCGACUCAUACGCUGAGGGCUGGCAACCGGAGCCGUGGAGGAACGGUGAUGGAGCUACGGUGAUGGGACCUCGCAACCGCGACCGAGAGAGGCAGAACCCGGACAUGAUCCGGCCACCCAGCACCGAUCAUGGUAGCAUGUCAAACUACCGGUGGAGCUUUGCUGAUUCCCACAUGAGAAUCGAGGAAGGUGGCUGGACCCGUCAGACCACAGUCAGAGAGCUCGGCGCAAGCAACGAGAUCGCCGGGGUCAACAUGAGACUAGACUACGGUGUGAUUCGCGAGCUGCACUGGCACAAGGAAGCUGAAUGGGCCUAUGUUCUCGACGGCAACGUCCGUGUUACUGCUCUUGACACCGAAGGCGGCAACUUCAUCGACGACCUACAGAAGGGCGAUUUGUGGUACUUCCCACCAGGUCACCCUCAUUCGCUUCAGGGUUUGAGCGAGAAUGGCACCGAGUUCCUUCUUAUCUUCGACGAUGGCAACUUCAAUGAAGAGUCGACCUUCCUGCUCACCGACUGGCUUGCACACACUCCCAAGGCCGUUCUUGGGGAGAAUUUCCGAGUUUCUCCUCAGAUCUUCAAGACCAUGGACAAAUCCGACAAGUACAUCUUUCAAGGUAGCCUUCCAGGCUCGAUUGACGACGAGAAGCCAGACGGAAGCCACGUCAAGAAAUCCAAGCUCCAAUUCACCCACAAAAUGCUGGAUCAAGAACCCCUCAACACCACUGGAGGUCUUGUCCGCAUCACUGACUCGACCAACUUCCCCAUUUCCAAGACAAUUGCGGCAGCUCACCUCGACAUCGCUCCUGGCGCCAUGCGUGAGAUGCAUUGGCACCCGAACGCUGACGAGUGGUCAUUUUUCAUCCGGGGCCGUGCUCGUAUCACCAUCUUCGGCGCUCAAGGUAACGCGAGAACCUUUGACUACGUGGCUGGAGAUGUCGGUGUCGUCCCCAGGAACAUGGGGCACUUCAUUGAGAACUUGAGCGAUGAUGAGCCCGUGGAGGUCCUGGAAAUCUUCCGAUCCGACAAGUUCCAAGACUUCUCGCUAUUCCAGUGGCUGGGCGAGACCCCGAAGAGGCUGGUGGCCGACCACAUUUUUGCGAACGACGAGAAGGCUGCCAAGAAGUUUCUGAGCGAGAUUCACAAUGCGGAGAGGGAUCCCAUCAGGGGAAAACCCAGAGACUCAUAG